GUGACGAUGAUCGACGCGGCGGUCGGGGUGAUGACGACCGACGCGGUGGUCGAGGUGACGAUGACCGCCGAGGAGGUGGCGAUGAUCGGCGGGGCGGUCGUGGAGGUGAUGACCGUCGACGGGAUGACGAUGGUCGCGGCGGUGGAAGAGAUGACGAUGGUCGCGGCGGUGGAAGAGAUGACGAUGGUCGCCGCGGUGGAAGAGAUGACGACGGUCGCGGCGGUGGAAGAGAUGAUGACGGAAAUGGUGGAGGCAACGGUGGUGGAGGCAACGGUGGUGGAGGCAACGGUGGUGGAGGAAACGGAGGGCGCGAUGAUGAUGGUUCCAGACCUGGAGAUUGGGACUGGGAGUAUGUUCCUAUCUAGGCAGCUGGGAUCUCUUCCCAGAAACUGGCUGCUAAGCAGUCAGCAUUGCGAGCAACGCCAAAGAUGCCAGUUUUCGGAGAUGAGAGCACUUACUCAUCUCAUUAGCCAAAGGUUGCCUGCAUCGCGUGCUGCAGUCGCUUAG